UCGAUGCGAUGAGUUGCUGCUGCUGGACCGUGUCCUAUCACUUGGUGGUCAAUCUGGUCGACCGGUUCUCGGAGCUGGUGCGUGAUUUGAUUUACUGUCGCUGUCGAAACUGUACCGGCUCAUCAUUGGACGAGGACGCCGACCAGCAAAGUGUGCACUCCGGUGGCGGUGUCGUGAACAGCUGUGUUGUGGCGGACAAAACGGAACCGGGCGAGAUAUCGACAAUCGGUGGUAGACCACGCUACGUGCUGUUAAAUGAUACGGUGGAACUGCAACCCUUCUACUACGAUGUCGAUCGACGACAGUGUGAACUGUUGCUAAAGGAUCGUCCCGAUGGUACCUGCUUGGUGCGGCCAUUCAAACUGAAGCACGAAACCAUUCGCUACAUUCUAUCGAUACGGGCAGCGGAAACGUAUUUUCAUCUCUUCAUACGGCACGCCGGCAAUAACGGAAUGUACGCACUGGGGCUGGAGAAACAGCACGAGAAACGAUUCAAAUUUGCCUCCGAUAUCGUACACUACUACCAGCUACACUCGCUGGAAUGCACACGUGCGACCGCUGUCAUCGCCAAGCUGAAGCUCUCUCCACUACACACUCCAACCGGUGAACAAAGGCCACAGGACUAACUAGUCGC